AUGGACUCAGACGAUGACUUUAUGAGUGACGGCUCGAGUCAAGGUGAUAUUCUGGAUAUGCAGGGGAGUGAUGACGAGAGCCUUGGGGGCGAUUUUGGCGAUGAUGAUGAUCUUGGCGGCUCCUUUUACGAUAAGGAGAUCGUCAAGCAAACUCAAAAACCUUUCGAGGUCGAUUUUAAGGUCUUGAGUCCAGAUGAUAUCCAACGGGAACAGAGCUCGCAAAUAAACGAGGUUUCCUCGAUACUUGGCCUGCCUCCAGAAUCAGCGGCUAUCCUGUUGCGGUUUGGCCGAUGGAACAGGGAGAAACUGAUCGAGUCAUACAUGGAGGACCACGAUAGAAUACAGGAAGAAGCCGGUAUCGGUUCUGCCUUUUCAGGUACCCCAAAGACAGAGAUCGUCCCUGGGUUUAUGUGCGACAUUUGCUGUGAAGACGGGCCGGGCAUGGAGACGUAUUCUAUGCGAUGUGGUCAUCGGUUCUGUGUUGAAUGCUAUCGCCAUUACCUUGGCCAGAAAAUCGGAGAGGAAGGAGAGGCUGCGAGAAUAGAGUGCCCCCAGAGCAAUUGUCAUCGCAUCGUCGACUCGAAGACGUUAGACUUGCUGGUGACGGAUGAUUUACAGGACAGAUAUCAUCUGCUUCUAAUGCGGACCUAUGUGGACGACAAAGAGAACCUGAAGUGGUGUCCUGCUCCAAACUGCGAAUAUGCAAUAGACUGUCCGGUGAAGAAACGCCAGCUUAAUCGCAUAGUCCCCACCGUCCACUGCAGGUGCAGCCAUAGUUUUUGCUUCGGCUGCACCCUUGACGACCACCAACCACCCCCUUGUUCCCUAGUCAAAAAAUGGCUAAAGAAAUGCAAAGAUGACUCAGAGACGGCAAACUGGAUAUCCGCAAACACCAAAGAAUGCCCAAAAUGCUCGUCCACAAUCGAGAAAAACGGCGGUUGUAACCAUAUGACCUGUCGAAAAUGCAAGCAUGAGUUCUGCUGGAUGUGUAUGGGGCCGUGGUCUGAGCAUGGAACUAGUUGGUACAACUGCAACCGCUUCGAGGAGAAGUCAGGAGCAACGGCCCGCGAUGCCCAGGCGCGUUCGAGACAAUCGCUUGAACGAUACCUCCACUACUACAAUCGCUACGCAAACCAUGAGCAAUCCGCGAAACUGGACAAGGACCUGUAUCUCAAGACCGAGAAGAAAAUGACGAGCUUGCAGUCGCAAUCGGGGCUGUCGUGGAUCGAAGUUCAGUUCCUCGAUACCGCAUCCCAGGCCCUUCAACAAUGUCGACAAACUCUGAAGUGGACGUAUGCUUUUGCUUUCUAUCUUGCCCGUAAUAACCUCACGGAGAUCUUCGAGGACAAUCAAAAAGACUUGGAGAUGGCGGUUGAAAGCCUUAGCGAGAUGUUCGAAAGACCUAUUGAUCAGUUGUCGGCGCUGAAAGUCGAUAUCCUGGACAAAACAGCUUAUUGCAACAAGAGGCGUGUGAUUCUGUUGAGCGACACUGCGGAGAAUCUGAAGAACCAGGAAUGGACCUUCACUGUUGACCUGGACGACUAA